AUGAACCAGGACCUGAGCGGUUUGGAGAUUGCACUGGGUUCCAUGUUUGGCGUUUACAUGUCGAAGCAAGGGGAGGAUGGAAAGCUGAGCAAACAGGCCUUUUUGGAGCUGCUUAAUGAGCCGCUGCCCUCAUUCAAGAAGGGGGAUGGCAGAAACAUUGGAGAGGAAAUAUUCCAAGGUGUAGACCUGAACCAGGAUGGAUCCAUCGAAUUCAAAGAGUUUGCUCUGAUAAUUGCCGGAUACGCGGCUGGGAGCUAUGAAACCCUUCAAAAACUCAUGAAGGAAUGGACAAAUAAGACUGAGCAGCUUACAAGCCAUUACCAAAUUGAAAUACUUGGUUUGACAUCAAAUAAAUAAAAACAUUUGCUGCCAAA